GAGGGAGGGGAGAAGAAGCUUAUUUAUGCCAGAGCAGACUCCGAUAUUAUGGACUUCCAGUUAUGGCUCUCCACAAAGUGAUCUGCGCUGCAACCCUGCUGACUUUCUUCAAUCAAGAGUGUCUCGGACAGCUUGAUGUGUGUGGGAAACCUCCACUCAACAACAGGAUUGUUGGAGGACAGGUGGCUCCUCAAGGCAGCUGGCCAUGGCAGGUCAGUCUGCAUCGAUCUGGGUUUCACUUCUGUGGAGGGUCCCUCAUUAACAACCAGUGGGUGAUGUCUGCUGCUCACUGCUUCCAACGCACUGCCGCCAGCAGUCUGCUGGUGUAUCUGGGACGACAGAGUCAAGAGGGAACCAACUCCAACGAAGUGUCCAGGACGGUAAUGGAGAUCAUUGUCCACCCUGACUACAACACUGUUACUAGUGACAAUGACAUCGCACUCCUGAAACUGUCCUCAACUGUGACUUUCACCAACUUCAUCAUGCCCGUGUGCCUGGCGGCCCCAGGCAGCACCUUCUUCAGCGGCAUCGACGCCUGGGUUACCGGCUGGGGCAACAUUGGAAGUGGAGUGCCCCUUCCUUCCCCACAAAACCUUAUGGAGGUGGAGGUGCCAAUAGUGGGCAACAGAACAUGUAGCUGUAACUAUGGAGUGGGUAGAAUCACAGACAACAUGAUCUGCGCCGGGUUAGAGGCUGGAGGAAGGGACUCCUGUCAGGGGGAUUCAGGAGGUCCGCUGGUGAGCAAGCAGAACGCCAUCUGGAUCUUAGAGGGGGUUGUAAGUUUUGGCGCUGGAUGUGCUCUGCCUAAUUUUCCAGGAGUAUAUACCCGAGUGUCCAAGUACCAGUCGUGGAUCAACAGUCACAUCACCAGCAACCAGCCGGGCUACAUCGUCUUCACAUCCACUGGGACUGACAGUGACCUGAGUGUCACCUGUACUGGCCUGCCACCAGCACCAACCGCCGUCCCUCCUGUAGCCCAACCUGUGGUCUGUGGUCAAGCUUCGUUGAAUUCUCGUAUAAUGGGAGGAAGCUCAGUCACGCAGGCUGGUGUGUGGCCGUGGAUGGCGAGCCUGCAGAAGAAUGGAAGCCAUGUGUGUGGUGGGACUUUGGUUGCCUUGGAUUCUGUGUUGAGCAACGCCAACUGCUUCUCAAGUUCCCCCACGCCAUCUGAAUGGACCGUUGUUUUGGGUCGUUUGAAACAGAAUGGAUCCAACCCUUUUGAGGUGACACUGAAUGUGACAAAUAUCACCCUGAGCAACCUCAAUGGGUCAAAUGUAGCAGUGCUGCAUCUGUCAACCAAACCCACCCUGUCAGUCUACAUCCAGCCCAUCUGUCUGGACAACGGACAGACCUUCUCAGAGGGCUCAACCUGCUGGGCUGCCGGCUGGAGCUCUGGUCGUGGUGGGGAGGAACAAGUUCUGCAGGAAUUACAGACCUCAAUCGUGAAUUGUGGAAACGCUUCAUCAAGUGACACGAUUUGUACAGCAUCACUCACACUGGAGCAGGGGGAUUCUGGCGGUCCUCUCAUGUGUAAGCUGGAUGGGUCCUGGUUCCAGGCGUCCGUGUUAUCAUUUGAAAAUAACUCAAGCACCCAAGGUCGAGUAGCGAAAGCAGAUCUAACGAUGUUUACCAAACUGAGCACCUUUCAGACAUUCUUGACAGCGACGAUAGGAACGUUCUUAUCUCCAGCUUCCAACAGCACCACAGCUUCCAACAGUACCACAGCUUCCCCCAGCAUGACAACUGCCAGCGGUGUGGAUUGCCCCGCUCACUCGUCCCUCUUCGUCCUUUUGCAUCUCCUCGUUUUAUCAGUGUGUCUCCAACUCUUGGCAUAGAAACCUCCCACUCGUAAAAGGGAUUUACAUGAUGUGACUCGCACAGAUGAAUGUAAGCACACUUGAAUUUGAGAGACAUUUGUUAGCAUGAAACUGCAUGACGUUUUUUUUGUAUGUACUUAUGUGAUUGGUACAAAGCUAAUGUUUGGUUUAAUGUUUGCCAGAGGUAAUUGGCAAACUGAGGAAGUUAAAACUAUAUUAUUAUUUUAUUAUCUAGAAAAAUCUGUUUUUCUGUGUUGAGGGAGAUUUAAAGUCAUCUUUGAAUUACUAUAGUUUUAAAUAUGAAUAUCAAAAGUUAGCAUGUUUUGAAGCUGGGGGUCUUAGAAUGCCAUUUUGGUGGUUUUUGGAGAGUGACAAUUGGAAAAACGGUUUGAGUCUGAGAGGACUGAGUGGUUAGCAAAUGCUAAGGUAUCAGGUUAGCUUGGAUGGCUUAAAGAUGUAAAUCACAGAAGAUAUAUGUGACUAAAAUAUAUUCUGGGUUCAUGGGAAAUUAGAACAAAAUGUAUUUGACAAUGACAUGAACAGCAGACUCUUCAGGGGUUCUUCAUGCAGUAGAACGCAAAAAAGAAAAAAAAGCAUUUUUCUGGUUGUCAUGGUGAUUACUUAAUCAUAAUUUAGCUGAUGUGGAUUUCCUUGUUGUUGAUAUGUUUGAUGAUGAAGAAAUUUGCCGUUGAGACUGACUUGCUUUCAAAGAGUAUCAUUUUUAUUUAAGCAAGAAACAGAGUCACUGGUCACGUCUGGCCAGGAGGAUCAUGAAGCCAAUAAUGAUCUCUCGCGAACAUACAGAGACAAUCGCCUAUAUGCACCCAAACCAUCUACUUUUCGUCAUGGGUCAUAAAAAACAUAAUGUAACACAUCCAUAUUUGGCAAUUCUCUUACACAAUACCUUAAGGUAAACAUUCAACUUGAGGGGACUCCUAAAUCUCCUUCAGAUACAAAUUCUCUCCAGAUGUAUACAUUAUAAACUUAAAGGAGCAGUAUAUUCUCUCUGUCCUAGCUACUUCAGACACUUCAUAGCAAUGCCCUAAAAAUAAUCUGUUCCAAGUUGUUUUUAAUCCAAACAGCACCAUUAUUUAAAUGAACAUCAUGAUAUGUUGAAGAAGACCUGAAACUCUGAUAAUGAAACCAGGAGCUCAUCAGGAAAAUGUUUACUAUAGCCAUACAUUUAUGAAGAAUUUUUUUUCUCACAUAUAUUUUGUUUACAAAUGGGCUUGGAGUCACUCCCUGCUGGACUUCUGCAAAGGCGUAAUUCUGCUUCAAGGCUUAAGUUCACUUCUUAUAUCCAGAAGAUGGAAAGCACUUCAGGAAAGCACUUCUACUACUUCUAGUACUACUUUAUUUCUCUAUAGCCUGCGAGAAAACGUGAUUCAUCCUGGUCACUGUUCUCACUGGCUUGACUUUCUUUUGUUUCUAGGGAGGAGAUUAUCGGUGCUGGCUUCUCUGAGUCUUGAGCAUCAGGGGUAAAAUGAAGAACUCUUAAAGCUGCACUGAACAAAUGUUUUCAUAUAUAGUUAGGCACUCCAGGGAUCAUAAGAAGAUAACAUGUGAAAUCUAUGUUUUUUUUACUGACUGAAAAUGACUUUGUCCAUACACAGAACGGAAUUAUUGUUAAAUAGGAAGUGUCUUUCUUCGACAAAUGAGUGAAAAAUGUAUUUUGAAGGAACACAUCAUCUACCUCAUCGUGUCAGAGAGGUGCUGUUCUAAAAUGUCUAUUUCUAUCAGAAAUGAAUCAGCACUUGAGCUGCACUUUACUUUUUUGAAAUCUAAAUGUCGGCUACUAAUUUUCCAUGAAAAACAACUGUAAUGUGGAUGUGACAGUACUGUACAAAUUAAUUUAAUAAACUGCUUGUAUAUUA